AUGUCUAGAAAGGCAGCUGUGUUAUAUUUUUUCCAAUCGAAAGCUGUCGAUAUUUUUAUUCGAGCGUAUACACUAUAUACAUAUAUCUGGUGUAGAGCCCUGACCGAAACGGAUUUGGAGUUCAUGGGCGUGAGGCUCAUGCCUGGUUAUAAAGACCCCUAUUAUAAACGACCAAUUACUAAAGGAGAGAUUGGAUGCUUCAUGAGCCAUUACAGAAUUUGGGCAAAGACAACUUAUGAAGGUCUAGACGAAGUUUUGGUGCUAGAAGACGAUGCCAGAUUUGAACCGUAUUUCCGUUUCAAAUUACAAAUGGUAUUGAACGAAUUGAGACGCCUAAAAGUUUCUUGGGAUUUAGUUUACAUUGGCCGAAAGUCGUUAAACGACAACAACGAGAGCCGGUUGGAAAACUCGAAACUCCUAGUGCGACCAGGCUAUUCGUAUUGGACACUCGGAUAUUUGUUGAGCGGACGUGGUGCCAAGAAACUGUUAAAUGCCAACCCGUUAAAGAAAUUGCUGCCGGUGGACGAAUUCCUACCGAUAAUGUUCAAUCAACAUCCUCAGGCCGAAUGGUUGGAGCAAUUUGACGAACGCAAUUUAAUCGCCUUGUCUGCGUCUCCUCUGCUCAUCUAUCCCAUCCGGUACACGUCGGACGACGGUUACGUUAGCGACACCGAAGACUCCGUGACCGUGCAGGUUGCGAGAGACGAGCCCUCGACCGACCGCAAAGAAAUCAAAGAAGAUUUGUGA